AUUAUUUUUAAAAAUUUUACAAUGAAACAAGCCAAAUAAUAAGGAUAAGCACGAUAUGACGUUUUGAAGGGAGCUAUCAAAGGUAGACAUAUUUAAUAUUUUUUCAAUUAGGAUAGGUAUGUACUCGAUUUCCACCUGAACCAUCUGGUUAUUUACAUAUUGGUCACAUAAAAGCAUCUGUGUUGAAUUAUAGAUAUUCUAAAAUGUAUGAAGGUAAAAUGUUAGUACGUUUUGAUGAUACAAAUCCAUCAAAAGAAAAAGCUGAAUAUCAGGAUGCUAUAUUGGAAGAUUUGAAGACACUUUAAAUUGAAUGGGCAAACUUGUCACAUUCAAGUGAUUACUUUGAUUUGGCUGAAGAGAAAGCAAGAUUCUUAAUUUAAAAAGGAUUAGCUUAUUGCGAUAAUACAGAUAAAGAGUAAAUGAAGAAGGAAAGAUUUGAUGGUAUAGAAAGUGUUAAUAGAAACAAAAGUGUUGAAGAGAAUUUAGAGAUAUUUGAAAAAAUGUUAUAAGGAUAAUAUUGUGAUUAUUGCUUGAGAGCAAAGAUAGAUAUGAAAGCAUUAAAUAAGUGUAUGAGAGAUCCAGUUAUGUAUAGAACAAAUUAAACACCACAUCAUAGAACAGGUACUAAGUAUAAGGCUUAUCCAACCUAUGAUUUUAUAUGUCCAAUUUUAGAUAGUGUUGAAGGAGUUACUCAUGCUAUGAGAACUAAUGAAUAUUCAGAUAGAAUAGAAUAAUAUUAAUGGGUUUAAAAAGCUUUAGAAUUAAGACCAGUUGAAAUUUAUGAAUUCUCAAGAUUAAAUUUUGUUAAUACUUGUUUAAGUAAAAGGAAACUUUAGGAAUUUGUAGAUAAAAAGGUUGUAGAAGGAUGGUAAGAUCCUCGUUUUCCAACUCUUAGAGGAAUUCUAAGAAGAGGAAUUACAAUUGAAACAUUACAUGAUUUUAUGUUAGAAUAAGGACCAUCUAAAAACGCCAAUUUAUAAACUUGGGAUAAGCUUUGGGCAAUCAAUUUUACAAAGAUUGAUCCUAUUGCUCCAAGAUACACAGCAAUAGGAAAAGAAGGUAUUGCAAUAUUGACUAUUUCAAAUUUUGGAGAUUAAGGUCUUAAUGUUGUUACAGUACCAUAACAUCCUAAAAAUAAUGAUUUAGGUACAAGACCUCUUUUUAGAAGUGGUCAAUUAUACCUAGAAGCCUAGGAUGCUAAAGAUAUUAAAGCAGAUGAAAAAAUAACAUUAAUGAAAUGGGGAAAUGUUAAAAUUACAGAGAAAAAAGAAGUUGAUGGAUAAAUCUUAUUAACUGGUGAAAAUUUACCUGAUGAUAAGGAUUUCAAAACAACCAAUAAAUAUACAUGGUUAGCUAAAGACACUCCUAUUGUCAAUGUAGAUUUGGUUGAAUAUGAUCAUCUUAUUAAGGUUAAAACAAUUGAAGAAGGCCAUCAAUUUGAAGAUUAUUAUAAUCCAAAUAGCAAAUGUGUCACUGAAGCUUUUGCUGAUGCUGGAAUUAAAACACUCUAAGUUGGUAAUAAUACUUAUUUAUAAUUUUUUAGGAUCUGUAUUAUAAUUUGAGAGAAGAGGAUUUUUCAGAAUUGAUAAAAUUGUUGGAGAUAAAUUUGAGUUAAUUUAUAUUCCAGAUGGUAAAACUAAAGCAGCUAGCAUCUAAACCGGAUUAAACUUGAAAUCAAUUUAAACUGGAACAGCUGAUUAAUAAAAGAAUGAAUAAUAAUAGGAAAUAUAAUAAGAAUAACCAAAAUAAUAAAAGUAAUAGGAAUAACCAAAUCCUGAAAGCAAAAAAUAAUAGAAAAAAUUAGAAGCUGAAAAAAAGAAAGCUGAAAAAAAGGCUGAAAGACAAGCAGCACAAUAAGUUGAGAAAAAAGAGUGAAGUAAUAUUAAUAUAUAUUAU